AAACACACAACUGAUAUUGAAAUACGUUGUCUCAAAACUGUAGACUGUCGCAAAGGCUUCCAAGCAUUCACAUUCAACAUGAUGCUUUUUCCAUUGGUCUUCAUUUUGAUUCUUUGUUGGCACAUGUAUAUUAUUGAAGGAGGAGAGCUAAGCGAGUCGCUCUGUCAGGAUGGUAGUAUCAAAUCAGCUGAUUUUGCAUGCACCUUUACUAAAGAGUGUCCCCGGUUAAGCAGGUGUAAAGACGGGGAGUGUUGCGAGCUUACGUGCAAAAAGGGUACACCAGUAAGAGACCCAUUGACAUCAGCAAUAACAACCUGUACAAGGAAGAAAAAGGGCAAAAUGACCUGUCCCGGUUCUGCCGCAUGUGAAAAAAUAAAAGCUGGCCAGCGCUUCAAUAAAAUAUGCUGUACAAGAUCUAAAGUUGCCAAGCCGUCAUCUUGUAAUGUAGAGGGAGAUGUGGUAAAACGAUGGGGAAUGUGGUGGUCAAGAGAUAAAUGCCGAAAAUGCAGGUGCAACAAGAAAAACAAGUGUCCUAUAAAAUAUUUGAAUAAACCCGGUUGCGGUCUUACAACCCCUGAGACUACGGCAAUGGAUUUGACGACAAAACCAAAUGGUAAAAGUGGUUGUACAUGUUCAGGGAUUUAUCUGGACACGAUCGCUGCCUACAUUGAGCCACACGAAGGAUUAGAACUCGAGGCGUAUGAAGACUCAAAGGGCAUCGUCACAGUUGGGAUAGGAUUCAAUAUGGAAAGAA